AUGGCAAGAACCAAGCAAACAGCAAGAAAGUCUACUGGUGGUAAAGCACCAAGAAAGCAACUGGCCUCUAAGGCUGCCAGAAAAUCCGCCCCAUCUACCGGUGGUGUCAAGAAGCCUCACAGAUAUAAGCCAGGUACUGUUGCUUUGAGGGAAAUCAGAAGAUUUCAAAAAUCUACUGAGCUUUUGAUCAGAAAAUUGCCUUUCCAAAGAUUGGUCAGAGAAAUCGCUCAGGAUUUCAAGACCGACUUGAGAUUCCAAUCUUCUGCCAUCGGUGCCCUACAGGAAUCCGUUGAAGCCUACCUAGUGUCUCUAUUCGAAGACACCAAUUUGGCUGCCAUUCACGCUAAGCGUGUUACCAUCCAAAAGAAGGAUAUCAAAUUGGCUAGAAGACUAAGAGGUGAAAGAUCAUGA